GGACUAUUAAAUCGCCCGUCUGCUAAACUGCCCCGCUCCUCGCCUUGUCGCUGCGCUGUAUGAGAGCUGCCGCCGCAGUCGCAAGUCACGGCUCUUCCCCUGUCUCUUCUGCUUUCUUCCCGAGCAACUUUGUGUGUGCGGGGCAGCACUUUGCACCCAUGCAGCAGGGAUAAGAUCCGCCGCAACGUGUGUACUCGGUGUAGGAGCUGCCACACUGGGGCCGGUGCUGCGAUCAGCAGGAGGAAGUGGAGAGAAGUCUUUCGGUUUGAGUGAAUAUAUUGCAUCAGCAUGGGGAAGCAGAACAGCAAGUUGCGCCCUGAAGUCAUGCAGGACUUACUAGAAAGCACAGACUUUACCGAGCACGAGAUCCAGGAGUGGUACAAGGGUUUCUUGAGAGACUGUCCAAGCGGGCACCUAACCAUGGAGGAGUUUAAGAAAAUAUAUGGGAAUUUUUUUCCAUACGGGGACGCUUCUAAGUUUGCAGAACAUGUAUUCCGCACAUUUGAUGCGAACGGCGAUGGGACAAUUGAUUUUAGAGAAUUUAUUAUUGCUCUGAGCGUGACUUCAAGGGGGAAACUGGAGCAGAAGUUGAAGUGGGCAUUUAGUAUGUAUGACUUGGAUGGAAAUGGGUACAUCAGCAAAGCAGAAAUGCUGGAAAUCGUACAGGCAAUCUAUAAAAUGGUUUCUUCGGUAAUGAAAAUGCCAGAGGAUGAGUCAACACCAGAGAAAAGGACAGAGAAAAUAUUUCGGCAAAUGGAUACCAACCGAGAUGGCAAACUCUCCUUGGAAGAAUUCAUCAGAGGGGCAAAAAGUGACCCGUCCAUCGUGCGCCUCCUUCAGUGCGAUCCGAGCAGUGCUGGACAGUUCUGAGACUGUUUGCAUUAUAAUUAGCGUUCGCUCAUUUUAUUUUAUUUUGCCAAAAUUACAUUUGUUGUUGUGUAGCCACUUUUGUGGCCAAAAGUACCUUCCUUUUGUGAUAUCAGUUUGUUUGUUUUUUUCUGGAUUACUAAGAAUGGUGAAUUCUGUUAAUCUUGUGCAGGGCACUGGCUGUACAAUAACAACCUCAUUUCCCCCAGAUAUUUAGUGUUAUUCUUGUUGUGCUCCAGUGUUACACUAACCUGUAGUACCUUGUAGUACUGCAGAGUCUGGCCAAGGUGUUCCUGCAGCAGUUGUACAGCCUAUUUCCUUGGCUCUCCUGCAGUAGCUCAGGGUCCAUGGGGGCAAUUCAGAAAUACUGACAUAAUGACUGUACUAUAGUACUGCUGCAAGAUAGGGUGCUACAUAGCAACAUUAGUUAUAAGGUAAUACAGAGCUUUUAAUUCUUCUACAUUUCUUGGAGUAACCUCCCCCCAGGUCAGGUAAUAUGAAUACAACCCAUUUAAUACUGCAUUUAUUUCACUAAACAAAUUCAGCCUCUAGGUUCUUUCUGUUGUGUGUUUUUCCUUCCCUAUCCAUCAGCACUGAAAAUGAAAACCUAAAAAUGAAUAUGGCUAGACAUGCUGUAUUUAUAUACAUACAGGUAUAGGAUCUAGGGAUUUUGGAACCUGUGGUUUUUAAGCUAAGGGAUCUUUUCAUAAUUUAGAUCACCAAGUCUGCUAAAAAUCAUUCAAAUAUUAAAUAAACCCAAUACAACUCUUUUGCCACCAAUAUGGAUUUAUACUGCUUAGUUGACUUCAAGUACAAAGGACUGAUGGGGGCAGAGCAAAAGGAUUUUUUUUUAAAAAUAAGAACUAUUUGCAUAAAAUGGAUUCUGUGGGCGAUGGCGUUCCCGUAAUUCAUAGCUUUCUGGGUUACAGGUUUUUAGAUAAGACAUCCCAUAUCUGUACUGAGCCUAAUGUACCAGUUCAGAAGCUCAGGAGCCCUAUAACAGUAAUGAACCAGGCCUUUAAAGUUUUCCACAGCUGCUCCUAACCUUGGAUCUUGUUAGACCAUCUGUUGUGUCAGUGGCACUGCACAUGCUCAGUGCACAAGUUUUGUAAAAGUAUUAUUUUGGAUACGCUGUAUAGUGAGUGGGUCCCUAAGCUCAGGUAAGUGCCAGCAGCACAGAGAAUGUGCAGGGAAUCAGCAGAAAAGAAGAUGGGGGGCUACUGGGGCAUCUUUGGGGGCACAGAGAGCUGUGGUGGCCUUGGACCGGUGUAGAAGCCCAAAACAUAAUGUGUAGCAUUUCUAACCUUGCUCUGUGUUGAGCUUUAGUUUUUCUUUAACAAAUCAUCUUAGUUCCACUAUAGAUCCAAGAACUUAGGGGUUGAUAUAUGAACAUUCUUUUCAAAUUUUUUUUGCACAAACACUCACAAAUUCAAAUUCUGUUUUUAAAAAAACUCCAAUGUUUGGUUUUUAUUAUGCACAUUAUUAUACUCGCAAGUUCAUGUAGAAGUCCAUUGGAGUUGUCCUAAAGCAAAAUCCAAGCCAUUUUUCAAUUUAAGAUUUUCUAUAUUUUUGGGGGGGUUGAGCUAUAAACUUCAAAAUUCAGAGUAUUCAAGUUUUUCUUCAAUGAUUUUAUUCAAUCAGGUUUUUUUUAUAUUUGGAUUUAAUCGACAUUCAAAAACUUACAAAUUUAAAUUUUGAUAAAUAGGCCCAUUAAAGGUUUUAGUUAGGAACCCAAGAAUUGAAUGUAACAAAAAAUAUUGAAAGGCCUCUCUCUUUUCUUGGUUGGCACAUUUAGGCUAUAAUGAAGUUAUCAUUUCUUUAUAUUGUUGUGGAAAUGUAACACAAAUACACUUGUUAGCAUUCUAACUACCUGGGUAGAAUAUUUCUGACGUUUCCACCUCAUUUUGCCUGAGUUCUUCAGCUUUCCAUAGAUAACAAUGGGCCCACGUCUAUUUUAUAGAUCCUGUGUAAAUGGAUAAGACGCCAUGUUAUGCCUGGGGGUGGCUUUCAUUUUCCUUCAGACACAAAACGAAAAAAAUUGAGACAUAACUUGUAUAGUGAAUUACUUUGAGUCAUAUUUGCCCUUGUAUAUACUUUGUAUACCUUCUAUUGCUGGGUGCUUGUGUUUUCCCUGCCAGGAUGAAAGCAGGAUUGAAAGACAACUAUAACAAACAUUCUGUACAUGACCACUGGGGGUGCUGUUUGGUAACAGUCUAUGGAGAAAACCUCUAGUAAAGUAAUCAAUAUGGCAGCUCUCAUUCCUUCGUGUAAAUGCAUGGAAGAACUAUUUUGUGUGUGCAAGCUUUUACAAAUACCCACAAUCAUUUUUCCUUCAUACGUUUUUGUAAUAAACCAUCAGGUAAAUUAAAUCUACUGAGUUUUUAAUUUUCCCUGGCCCCCCAGCAUUGAAGGGGCCCCUCAAGGGAAAACAUAGCUUAAAGCUGCGAUAGCAUAUCAUAUUGUGUAACGAGCAUUCUGCUAUUUUCACUAUAUAUUUACUUAUAUACAACAGUGAUGUCCAACCUGCAACUCUCCAGCUAUUGUUGCACUGCAACUCUCUGCAUCCCCCCCUUAGAGAAGGGCCCUAGGCUUCCUGCAUUGCCAGGGGCCCCGCCUCUCCAUAUUUAAACCUUUGGAUGCUCUUUGCAUCUUUUGGGAGGUUUUCUAUUUUAGUUUUGCUUUAAAAUAUUCCAGCAGAAUCCCCCAAAUAUUGUAGAAGUGCGGUAACAGUCCCUGAAAGUGAGUGACGUGGGUCCAUGCAGUUUGUCAUGCACAGAAUUCAGGCCAAUGGAACUAGAGAUUUUGAAUAUGUGGAGGGGAGACCUCAUCAAAUUGAAGUUUACCUUUAAAUUAAUAUUUAAUAUGUUAUAGAUGGACCUGCUGACAUUGGAUUUAUAUUUUGUUUAAUAAGCCUUCCUGCUCUGGCUUUUUCCAAGUUGAAAAUGUCAUGUGAUCAUCGGGGUUAGUGAUAUCGGCAGCCAUAUGAGCAAUGGCACAUUCCAUGAUUCUGGGCACAUUGUCGCCCAAGCACUUAAUAACUACCUAUUGCCUGGAAUCACUCCCUAUUGAUUUUAGUGCAAUCUUUGGGCCCAUGAGUGUACUUGCCUUUCAGGCAGGUGUUGCUCAAAACUGAUCCUCUGAUUUUCAAGUGAAUUGAAAUUGGCAUUGAAAUCAAGGACGAGUGAUUCCAGGCCCCCCCCAGAUCUUGUAGAUGCCCAGAUUCAUGUUGUUUGCUGUUAUAAUAAAGCUGGCCGUACAUUAAAAGAUCUGCUCUUUUGGCAAGGCCCCCAUACGAGCAGAACUUGCCCACCACAACCAAUGGGGGAUACAAGCCUUUAGGGCAAGGACCACAUUACCAAGCCAAUGCAGUCCUUAAUCUGAUGGGAAAAUCCAAUCUGAUGAUCAACAUCUGGAUUAUUUGGCCUCCCAUCGAUAAAGAACAAAUAUGGCACCAUAAACUGUUUUUUAAAAAAUGUCUGAAGAUCCCUUUCCAUCUGUGUCAGUGUGAAUCACAACCAUAAAACAAUCACAUAACCGCUGGAAAUUGCCUUCUGCUGCUUUUCCCAGUGGAUACGCUGUUCCAUUGUUUUACUGGUGGCCAAUAGGAAAAUAUUUUUGGCCAUUUUGCCACCAUGCUGGAGGAGAUUAAGCGCAGGCUACAAAACAUAACAUGCACUUGUGUUGAACUAGAACUUGUGGAAGUGCAGGGUGCCCAUUUCUGGGCUAAUAUAAUAUAUUACCUGUGUAUUACAGAUGGAGCACACUAUAUCGAGACAUUUGGCUCAGAUGGCCCAUUAUGUGAUUCCGUUAAAAUAGAUGAUCACACUUUUUUUUUUUUUUAUUUUAGCACAUAAUGCUUUGAUAUGUAAGCCACAUGAGCCAUUUGAUCCUUGCCCUUCCAGGAAGGAAGGUUUUUUUUCACAUAGGCUGUCCAAUUAGGUUCAGCCUUUCAAGAAAUUGUACCAGGUCUCCUCUGUCUUUGUGUGAUAUCAUCACUCCAUCCUAAUUUUAUUAUAAUCCGGCCCCCGUGUAAGUGGUAUCAUGGACGCUCAACCCACUACAAAGAAAGUAACUGGACAGCAGUGAUGAACACCAUUGUCUGAACUUCUCACUUCAUUUUUAUGGGAUUCAGCGGCCAAAUUAAUUCAAAAUUUUAAACAAUCUCUAUAUCCGUUACCUGCUGUGUGUAACCUGAUCCAUUUCAAAAUUACUGAUUUUUGUUAGGGACAUGCUCCCAUGGUAGUAAAACAGUAAAAAAAAAAGACUUAUUGUGUAACAGUUGGUUUCCUAUGAGGAACGCCCAACCUUUGGCCCUCCAGCUGUUGUUGUAGUACAACUCUCAGAAUUCCACCAACAGCCAAACGGGCACUUGUUCUCUAAUUCCCUGCUUGCAACACUGUCUUCCUACAAUGAUUCAGUUCUUGGGAUCCAUUCUGUCAGAGAAUGGCGAAAACCCCGCAUCCUCAUUGUGUCUCCUCCUGUUGAUAAGGACGUCAACCCUUGCAUGAAAUAUUUUCCAUUUGCCCAUGAGUUGGAUUUUGUGUUUAUAUAAAAUAUUUAUUACCAAGGUUCACAUUGAUCGUAGCCUUUGUGACAAUAAAUGCAACCAAAUAUCACAGACCGCGUCGGAUGGGUAAAUUCUGGGCCGAGCCACCAAAGUGACUUGUAUCAGCGUUUGCACAUCGUCUUCCUCUCAUGUAUUCACACACUCUGAAUAUGUUGUUUGGGGUUUUUUCCGGGUUGUUAUCAAGGGCAAUGUACAAUUACAAAAUAAAUGUCUGUUUUACAAA